AUGAACCACGCCUCGCUUUCCUUAACUUCCCCGGUUUCCGGACCGGGGCGGCGGGCGCCGGGCCUGGGCGAGGGCCGCUUUCCCAGCCCCACGCUGGGCUCGCGCGGGCUGCGCCCCACCGCGGAGCCGCGCCCUGCUCGGCUACGGCGGGGCGGCCUCCGUGGCUGGCCACGUUCACGGCCGGCGGCCAUGCCGACCGGGCGCCGCUCCUCGCCCUCGGCCCGGCCCGGCCCCGACCGGCCGCAGCGCUGGCGGGCGCGCCGCGGAGAGCCGCGGAGCCCGGGGAGCCGCGGGGCCCGGGGAGCCGCGGGGCCCGGGGAGCCGCCGAACCCGGGGGGCCGCCGCGCCCGGGGAGCCGCGGAGCCCGGGGAGCCGCGGAGCCCGGGGAGCCGCGGGGCCCGGGGAGCCGCCGAGCCCGGGGAGCCGCGGAGCCCGGGGAGCCGCCGAACCCGGGGGGCCGCCGAGCCCGGGGAGCCGCGGAGCCCGGGGAGCCGCGGGGCCCGGGGAGCCGCCGAACCCGGGGAGCCGCGGAGCCCGGGGAGCCGCCGAACCCGGGGGGCCGCCGAGCCCGGGGAGCCGCGGAGCCCGGGGAGCCGCGGGGCCCGGGGAGCCGCCGAACCCGGGGAGCCGCCGAGCCCGGGGAGCCGCGGGGCCCGGGGAGCCGCCGAACCCGGGGAGCCGCCGAACCCGGGGAGCCGCGGGGCCCGCUCCGCGUUCGGCCAAUCGGCGGGCGGGCGGCCGGGCUAUGGCGGCCCUUUGUGGGCGCUGAGUGGCUCCGGCGCCGAGCUGAGCGGCGGGCCGGCCUCGCGACGCAGGUGA